ACGUCACCGCACGCUUAGUGAACAACGUCUGCGGCAGCUUCACCGCACACUUUGCCCACGCGCCGCCUGCGUAGCCCCUGUUGGAAUCAUCUGCCGAAAAACGGAAGCUUUGUCUGCGCCGGCUAGGACCUCGAGGCGCCCGCGACUGGUUUGUUUAUCGGAAAGGUGGGAGCACGAGGAACAUGCACGUCUGUAGAUGGGAUACAUCAUAUCUAUUAUCAGGGAGACGUUAGUACAAGGUGAACAAAAUGGUGAAGCUGGGGAAUAAUUUCGUUGAGAAAAACAACAGCGCUAAAUGGACUGCGGAGGACGGGUUCGACACCAUCCCACUCAUCACACCUCUGGAUGCAAGUCAACUGCAAUUUCCAACCCCGGACAAGGUGGUGAAGACCAAAGAAGACUACACAGAAGAGGAAAAGAAAGGGAAACUCUGCCAACCAAAAAUCAGUGACUUUACAGUGAGCAUCACUGAUGGAGCAUCUGAACGAUUCAAAAUGGCCUUGUUGCUGCUGUGCGCUCUUGCAUUCCUGAUGUGUGUGGUGUUCCUGGUCGUGUACAAGGUGUAUCAGUUUGAACAACCCUGCCCGGAUGGAUUUACCUAUACACAGAGCCGUUGCAUGCCAGUUGGGCUGUAUAGUUACUACCCCCCUCCUGGACCAGCUGGUCGUGGUCGGCUCUUCACCAUCAUAAACCACUACAACAUGGCCAAGCAGACCAUUACUCGCUCCGUCUCACCCUGGCUGAGCAUCACAGCUGAGGAAAAGCUCCUACAGCAGAAGACCAAGAUGGAGCAGAGCCCUGCCUAACACACACACACACAUGCACAAACACAUGCGCACACAUGCACACAUUUUUGCUGAAGUGCAUUAAUACAUAUUUAUCAACUGAUCACAUGCAUAGGAAAUGCACACACAAAUAUGCUAAAACAAUCAGUAUUUCUCAUAGUGAAAUACAAAAUCCCACAAAAUAUAAAAUGCACAGACUGCUUUUCUAUCUGAAUGUCAACUUAUUGGCAGGCUUGAACUAUUGUAAUACUAGCAUGAUUUGUUUAUACGAUUACUAUGGCAGCACAAACAUAUUUCAUGCAGGUCCAGAAAGCAUCACACACUUAAAGAUCAGAGCUUCUGCUCCUCCCUCCAUCUUUCAUUCUCUCUCUCUCUCUCUCACACACACUUUUAUGGCUGGGUGUAGAUUUCAGCCAGCCACAAGCAAGGUUGAUAGUUGUUUUUGUUUUUUUCCCCCAUCAAAUAUCUGAAUUUAUUUACUGAGUGCCAAAUAAAAUACCAUGUCCAGUUAAAUCA